UGGAUAGCCUGUUAUCCCAGGAUACAACCAUGGGAUCCUUUGGAGACACAGGAAGGGCAGAGCAGGAGGAGGGCUAUGGGUGCAGCUGCAUCCCUCUGCCUUAUUUCCUCCAGCGCCGCCGCACCCGAGAGCCGAGGCCCCGAGCAGGCAGCCAGGAAGGGCAGGAGCGGCUAUUUGACAGUGGAGACUGGAGGACAUUGCAGGCCCUAUGGAGGCAGCAGCUGCAGCUGCAGGCCAUGCAGAAAAAUGUAGACGCUCUUCUUGAGGAUUUUGGGAACAUACAUACAUUUUUCUCAAGAUACAGGACCUUUGGCUCUCCUGGUGAGGUCCUAGAUAUGCUCCUCAGCAGGCAUGGAAAGCUGAAGACCUUGAGCUGCAGAGGAGAUGGAAGUCCAGAUUUCUCAGCGGACUCCAGGGCAGUCCUCGGGAAUCCAAUCAUCUUCUUCUUGAAAAUUUGGCUGCACUUCAGCCCUGAAGAUUUCAGAGAGCCGCCGAAGUACCACACGCUGGAGAAAGUAAUAGCACAUCUGAACAAGAACGUCCCUGGCUGUGACAUUGAAAUGGAGGCAAAACACCUCCUCCACCAGUUUCAAAACGAAGCAGAAAAUGAGAGCCAGCCUGGGGACCAUCCCGAGGACCAUCCUGCGGACCAGCCAGGAGACCAGCCCGGGGAACUGCCUGAGGUCCAGCCCGGGGAGCAGCCCAAGGGCCAGCCGGGGGACCACCCCGAGGGCCAGGCGGAGGCCCAUCUGGAGGACCGACCUUGGGACCUGCCGAAAGUCCAACCCAAGGGCCAGCCCGGGGAGCAGCGGGAGGAACAACCUGGGCCCGAGGUGCAGCCCAGGGACCGGCCUUGGGACCUGCCCGAGAGCCAACCUGGGGACCUGCCCAGAGUCCAGCCCAAGGGCCAGCCCAGGGACCUACCCGGGGACCAGCCCAGGAACCUGCCUCAGGAAACGAAAGCUGUUCAUCGCUGUGACCAAACACAAGUGCACGGCUGCAAACAGCUUAAAUGGCCCACUGGGUGA